AAUAAAAACAAAAAAUACGAUAGAGUGGUCAUGAUGUUAGUGCUGUGGACGAUGCUGAUCUUCGGUAGCGGAUGGCGGGGGGUCGCGCCAAGCCCUACCGACGAGGGAGCACUGCGGGCCGGCCAAGGAGAUCAUGGAGAGCCGGGCCACCAGGAGCACCAUAAGGACUCUUACAGUACCUUCGCCUCCGAGUUCUUAGAGUCCAGAUAUCUGUCGGAUGACAGUUAUCCAUUUCCCACCGCUCCACCUGUGGACCCGUUUGCCAAAAUCAAAGUGAACGACUGUGGAGUGACCAAAGGAUGCAUCAGGUAUGGAAAGCCCGGCUGCGACGCUGAGACAUGUGACUACUUCCUGAGUUACCGUCGCAUCGGCACAGAUGUAGAAUAUGAGAUGAGUGCAGACACUGACGGCUGGGUGGCUGUAGGUUUCUCCUCUGACAAGAAAAUGGGCGGCGAUGAUGUCAUGGCCUGCGUCCAUGACGAUAACGGCCGCGUACGCAUCCAUCACUUUUACAACGUUGGCCAGUGGGCGAAGGAGAUCAAGAGAAACCCUGCCAGAGACGAGGAGGGCAUCUUUGAGAGCAACCGCGUUACCUGUCGCUUUAAGCGUCCUCUGUAUGUCCCCCGCGAGGAAACACUUGUGGACCUCCACCUGUCGUGGUACUACCUGUUUGCAUGGGGGCCUGCCAUACAAGGCUCCAUCACAAGACACGACAUCGACAAUCCUCCUGUGAGCGACCGCAUGAUCAGUAUUUACAAAUACGAGGACAUCUUCAUGCCUUCCACUGCCUACCAGACCUUCAACUCCCCCCUCUGCUUACUGCUCAUAGUAGCCCUCACCUUCUACUUGCUGAUGGGAACACCGUGAAGACAGAGGCGGAGGAAGAGAAGAUGUAGCAGCAAUAAAAACAAGUGGCCAUUUACUUUUUGUCAGGAGACACAGCAUUAGAUAUAUAUCUGAAACACACUACAGCUACACUCGAGUAUAUUCUAAAGGUGCCAUACGCUAAACUCACUUGAGAAAGGCCAGGUUUUUGCAGCUUUAUUCAAAUUAUGAGGACCAGUGGAUAAAAUCACAGCAUGCGCUCGAAAAUCCCCACUGAGAAGCAAAGAAGAGCAGAUGGCGAAUGUUCACUGGCUCGUGAUGAACUUCACUGAGGAGAGAAAUGAACUAACAUUAACAGUCUGCAUCGUUUCAUGACUUGAUCACCCAUUUACUCCGAUCGGCAAUUUUUCUAUAACUACCAGUAUGCAUUUAAUUUGUGAAAGACCUUCAUUAUUUUUGCCAGGCUUGACUAAUUUAUAUACAUUAAUUAUUUUUUAACAAUUUUAUUUUAUAAACAUUUCCAGAUGUUUGUUGGGCAGUAUGUUGACUAUGUUUUACAAUGAGAGAGACCGCUAGUUCAGAUAAUAAAUGCAAUAACUUACGGCGCCUCUCCCAUUAAAGCAGCAUACAUGACGCCUACGUAACACUAUUAGAAUAUUACAAUAAAAAUGUGUUGAUAGUUUAUAAUGAGUCCUGUUCAUCGCUCCUUGCACACUAUAAACUGCUUAGAUCAGGGGUAGGGAACCUAUGGCUCUAGAGCCAGAUGUGGCUCUUUUGAUGACUGCACCUGGUGUUGCGAUCUGCUGCUCAGAUCUUCACGUGUUUGUUUUUUCAUUCUCAGUCUGACCCGUUUAUUUCCUGUUUUUGUCCAUCACUAUGGUUACACAUCAGUCCACCUGUUAGUCUCGCCCCGCACACCUGCUACUAAUUUUCCCCCUCCUAUUUAAGCUCACCUUUUCUGUUUACUCAUUCUCGGAUCCUAAUUUGCCCACGCGCAUCAGUGACGACUCUCAUCAUUCGUAUGUAUUUUCUCGCUAGCUCUCACGCCAAGCCACUUUAUUGUCUAGCUUUCAUGCUAAAUGUUUUGUUUACUCUUUUGUGUCCUCGUACCAAGUUUUAG